AUGGAGCACGAAGGAAAAUUCAUACCAUUCUUCUCAAUUAAUUGCAGAAAAUCUCCAACAGUUACUCAGCUAACCAUCCUUGACAUUAUCAAAACAAAAAAACCUCGAAUCAUUCUUCUCAAUUGGGCCUCAUUUUUGUUCAGGCUCUGGCUUCUCAAAGAAGGUCUUCCUCAACCAGCCCCAUGGCUAAACCAGGUAGAGAGCGCCGGCGCCGGCGGCAACGCCCCACAUGGCGGCGGCUUUGACAUCGGCUGGUUGGAAACGAAGCUUCGCAGGUAGACCGGCCAUUUCCUCAAAUCUGUGUCUGAUGCGAAA